UGCCUUAAGUACUUUCUGCAUUCACUCGACUCGCCAGUCUGCAAUUGUCAAGUGCGGUGCUCGCGUGGGAAGGUCCUCCUCACCUCUGCCGUGAACCCUUUUGGGAACAUUUGGUGCUUGGCCGGCAUUUUUCGCCAAUUUAUACCCGCGUCAAUGAUCUAUCUCACGCAAAUUGUAGCCGCGAUGCCGUGGACCAACUGAGCAGCCUCCAAAGGCAGAGAGCGUCUCUGCCUGCCCGAAUAUGAGCGCCAAAAGACUCACGCCGUUCGUAUUCCUGCUGCUGCUCUACGGUUGGGCCGAGGCGGCCCAUCCGCCCAAGCAGACGGGCCCUUGCAGCUGGGUCAUCGACACCGUGCUGCGGCCCACGGGCAUCAUUCAAACACCCAACUUUCCACAUCGAUUCACAACGCCCGCUAGAUGCCGGUGGGUGUUGAACUCUUCGCAGUCACCGGAGACGCACACCAUCAUCUGGUUCACGCAAAUCUACGUGCUGACCGGUCUGAGGAUCACCGAACAGUUGGAAGAGUCGUCCUCGGAGUUGGCCGGCUCGCGGGUCCUCCUGGACGCUUCCGCCCACGACCAGCUGCUCAACUACACAUGGGUUCGCUCAGCCAUGCCCUACCUGGUGGUCGAACUCAACCUCGACCAACUCGAGGGCAACCACGUGCGCACCAGGGACAAUUUGCUCGACGUUUUCGGCUUCAACAUGACGUACGAGUUGGUGCGGCACGACAAAGAGAAUGCGCAACUCCCGAAACGCUGUAGCGUCGUCGAGUGCUCCUAUGCUGGCGACUGCCUGGCAGACGCUUCUUUUACAAACUAUGGGUGCGCUUGCUAUAAUGGAUUUUCUGGCGACCAGUGCCAAUUUGGUCCUCUUUGCAACGCAGAACUCAAUCCUUGCUUGAACGGCGGUAUUUGUAGGCACAUGACUGUGGACGCUGUUUUAUGCACCUGCACCGACUCCAGGUUUUACGGGCCUCUCUGCGAGUUCUCCAACGUCACGGACUGCGAGCAGGGUGGCCUGUGUGAGGCGCAGUGUACUUUCGACGGCAACCCCCAGUCAGCCUGCAAAUGCGGUUUGGGGGCGGCGGUUCCAGUUGAUCGUGCUCGAUACGAGACGACCCUCGAGCUGCUGAACAAAACCCACUCUCGGGCGUCGCCGUCCUCUGUGGCAGCUGCGGUCAACCCUUUGGAUGAGGUGAUUGCUGGCAAGCUCCUCAAAUUCCUGCGCUCCACCAAUUUGACCCGAGUGGAAGACGUCAAGGUCGUCAAAAUCAUACCCGGCGUUUCGCUCACGUUCAGCUUCAUCAGCGCCAAAAACGAGAACCAGGUUUUGCUGGCCAUGAACAGUCUCAUCCAGAGGGGCCGACUCGGACCCUUUGAACUCAAAAAGACGUCCGCGCGGGAUCACAAAAAAGAACCUGCUCUCUUCCUGGAGAGUGUCCGAGUGAAUCGAGAUCGAAUUUUGCAUGUAGGCGAUGAGUUCAUCGUUUCCUGCUUAGCUCAGGGAUCAACAGCCAUGGAGUUUCGGUGGUUUAAAGAUGGCAUUCCAGUAAACGAAAGCCUUGCCCUAAGGGACAUGGAGCAGACAUUACUAGAUAGAGACAGUCGUGACAUGUACACAGCCUUAUUAAGGGUUUCCUCGGCCACUCCUUUGGACGAGGGAAACUAUACGUGCCAAGUAGUUGACCGCGAAGUGCAGCAGUGCAAAUCGCUCUACAUCGAAGUCGCCUCUCCACCAAUCGUUACCAUCAGUCCCAUGAGUGUAACUCUUUCGAAGGGAGAAAACCUGACAAUAUUUUGCAUGUCGUCCAAUGACAAACGAAGCGAAAAGUUUGGUUUUAAUUGGACAAAGAACAACGCUCUCUUGCCAACAAACGCAGGUCGUGAAAUGAUGGAGGAUUUGCACCCAGACGGCAGUCUUCUCCGCAUCUACAAUGCUCAUCAAAGCGCAACUUACGCCUGCCACGUUCAAAGCGGCGCUGGUUCGAGCUCAGCAAAGAUAGAGGUUUCCGUCACGUCACCAGAGGUGAUUCCUUUGUGCAGGGGAGAGAGCCUCAUGGGAGUGCAAUGGCCUCACACCACCCCAGGCCAGGUGGCCAUGCAGCCGUGCCCUGUGCAGCAGCGCUGGAGCACCAGGGCCGCCCGCAGGACCUGCACACUUUACGAAACGGGAGUGGCGCGUUGGCAGACGCCCGAUUUCUCCGAGUGCGUCUCGGCGAAAUUUGAGAACAUCAGGAGGAAGUUCCGUCUUUACACCCUGGGCUACGCGGCCACCACGCCAGAAUCUACGAUGCGAUCUGUGCUCAUUUUCCUCGACUCGCACAAAACGCUUCUGCCUGGCGAAGGCGAACCCGUGCUGGACCUUUUGUCGGAGGUCCACGACUUCCUCAGAGCCAAACCUCACAGCAGACCCACUGGGCAAACCAUCGCCACAUGCAGGGCCGCGUGCCAAGCUCUCAACAUGCUGCUCGAGCACCCAAAAUCGAUUAGCAAGCCAGCGAGAGUCGGGCAGCUGCAGCAGCUCAUGCGAAAACAAACCCUCCUGUGGGGCUCUUACUUGGGCGCCCCGAGCUCAGCCCAUCUUGAUUUGAGUUCCGUCCUCUUGGACAUAGCGCGAUUAACCACCACCGGAACGUACAAACUUCGCUACCCGCUGCGUCCCUUUGACUAUCCCGGCUGGUUCACGGACAAAUUGGACGUUCGCAUUCAGGCGCCGUAUGUCAUCAACACGACGGUCACUGACGCCAACCCAAACAAGAAGACAGUGACGACCAUCAAGGGACAACAGACCUUCACCACGGCCACCGACGCCAACGUCACGAUUUCUGUCAUCGUCUACCGUUCUAUUGCCAACUUUCUGCCCGAGAGAUACGUCUCGCGCUUGAGAGACGGAGAUUCUGUUGAGCUCCAGUUAAAUUCGCGAGUCCUGACGAUCGCCGCGUCUCGCGGUAUGAAGGAAGACCCCAGUUUACUUGACGUGGAGCUCGAACUCGAAAGUCGGGCAACUUCGAUUAGUCACAGCGAGCGGCACCUCUGGAACGCGACUUGCGCCUCUUUUGGAGGAAAGUCGUGGACGGUGGACGCGUGUCAGGUGACAUUCGAGUCAGACAACAUCACCAGAUGCAGAUGCUUCCAGCCUGGCACAUAUGCAGCCAUGCUCGCCAUGCACGCGCCACAUAAGACCUCCGCGUCGAGCUCGCCGCAGCUGCCAGUGGCCGCGGGUUGCGCCUUUUGUCUGGUUCUCAGCGCCGUGUGCUGUGUCCUGCUGACGGCCCACAUUUGCCUGCGCAACUCGUGCCUCGUCUUUUUGAAACUCCAGGCGGCAGGGGCUGUGCUUGGGGCCACUUCCGUGUUCCUAUUUGCCUCUACUGCAACAGUGCCGCAGGGAUGGUCAGGCGCGUUGACCACAAUCCUGGAGAGCUGCCUUUUGGUCGGCCUGUCUUCCCCCCUCAGCACGCUGAUGCUGGUCUACACAGAAGUAGUCCAGAUGAGGCCCAGCGCCGGAGUUGCCUCAAUCAAACACCUGCGCCAAACUGUGGUUAGCGUCAUCACGGGUCUCCCAGUUGUUGCUGUGUUCUGCUCACACCUAGCGCAUUCAUCCACAUCACCAAACCCGCAGUCGGUCCUGCUGCUGAAUGCCGGCUCGGCUCGCUUCAACAUUUUUGUGGCUUGUACGCUCGGCAUGGCCCUCAUUUUCUUGGUAGUGCACGGCGGCACAACCAGGCGGCUGCACGUCCUGGAGACGCAGAACUCGGGCAAGAACAAAGCUAUAUUGAGGAGGAUCGGUUUGCUCAAAAGGGCCACUGCGAUUUUCGCAGCGCUUAUCUCCGUCAUCUUCUCCAGCUUGUUGCACAUUAACUUGCCUAGCAGAACUUAUCAAUUUGUGUUCAGCCUGAGCUGUGUGGUUUUGGGCAUAACUCUUAUUGGGAGCUACAUCAUCAAAAGUGAAACGCCGCUCAAGCUCAAGGACCUCAUCCAGUCCAAGAAAAAGAAGAAGAAGCAACAGCAGGAAAAGAAGGAAGAAGGCGCCCCGGAGUUCAGUUCAGAAUCGUUAGACAGUCCACUCAGACUGUUUUUGCGGCCAGACGUGACGCACGGCAACGAGUCUGGCAAUCCUGGGGUGGUGCUCGACGCAGAGGAGGUUUUGGCUAACAACAGCAUAGUCGCAACACCCUUAGACGAGGGACGCGAGUUGUUGCCCGUCGGGCGCCAAGAUAUUUCCAGGAGAGGUUCCAUUUCGCCCAAUAGAAGAACACAGCCGUCCUCAGAUAAUGGAACCAUCGAAACGUAUGUGCAGCCCGACUGCGAGACAUCCACGACUUCAUUAGAUCGCUACAGCACAGACAUGCAGCUCAUUCCUCAGCCCCAACCCGGACGGUGCUAUAUUCCGAGUGAUGGGCUAAUUGUUCAGGUCUGUGUGGAGCCUGAACCGCUAAAAGGUUAUGUGCCGAUGGCCCCAAAACAGACCAUGAGCAGGGCUAUUCCUGUGGCGCCUCCUUGUGUGCCUGACAUCACCUUUUCCUGCACAGGGUCGAGCUCACAUUGCCCUCCGCGCGCCUCCGAGCCCAUAGAGAACCCAAUCUACCUGAACCACUCGCCCAAAAAAUUGAAUCCUCCGCGUGUCACCUUUUCGGGCUGUGACACGGUGCAGGAGGUGGAUUUGCCUCCGCCGCCUCCGCCGCAGGCGUUGAGCGAAAGCAAGGAGCGCAAGCAGCCCGAGGGCCGCGAGAUCAGUCACCAAGACAACGUUGAGGGCAUGCUGGACAGGAUUUCACAUGAUCUUGAUUAUCUUUUAAGCAGGAGUAACGGGAGUGGCUCGGACGUUGUGUUGCCAGCGGCCACGCCAAAGCCGGCGGCACCCUUGCGCAGUGCCCUGAAAAAGACCACCAAGUCCGUCAAAAUUCGAGAGCCAAGCAGUAUUAUUUUCAUCAGCUCAGACUCGUGCGACCCGUGAUAAGACUGACGUCAACAUUUUUUGUUUCACCCUUUUGUGUCUGUGAUUGUUGUAGAGCGAAAAUCUCGGGGUUCUACACUGGCUGGCGGCUUCGUUCAAAUUUGGCCUUGCAAUUUUGUUUGAUGAGAGCUUGAACAGCGAUUAUUAUAGACACAAAAUAUAGGUUGUAUAUUUUUACAUUAACGCUAAGUUACGCUGGCCAGCAAAAAGAGUUAACCCUAUCUAGCGAAAAACUGGCCUACAUAGGGCUCUGGCAGCCCUAGCUUGAGUGCAAGUACGUAAAACAUGCGCAUUUUGUGAUAUCUACUAUUUCAUUUAUAGUAUUUCACAUCAUAUGACCACCCUGCUGGUCGGUCAACUGCCUAUUGAUCCGAGAAGUAAAAGAAGCCGGAUUUCUUACUUUUGCCAGUUACACAGCUAGACUUUCUUGCCAAUGUUAUGCAAAAUUCAUGCUGGAGUGUUUGAAAAAUUAAUUCACGUUGUCGCUCUUGAUGUAUACAAUUUUUGGAUUUUUGAAAGUAGUGCAUGAGUAAGUGCAUAAAGAACCACUGUUCACCUCAAAGAACUUUUCUGACCGUUUCAAUGUUGAGUACAAAUUAACUUUGGUAUUUUUCUAUAAAUAAAAGCAAAUAAAAAAUUAACCAGAUAUUUGAUU